AGAAGCAUUAAACGGCGCGGUAAAGUUCUUUUUUUUUUAAGUGAUUGUACUAAUUGACUGAAUAUAUCUCUUUAAGAGAAGUGGACCCCGUCGACCCCUCCCCUUAUUCUUGCAGCUGCACCAAACCUAUAAGUAGUGCCUUCAUGGAGAGCAUCCACGCCUCCGUCUAUAUGUGUGUGCGUGUGUGCAUGUGUGCGCGUGUGUUUGUGAGCGUGUGUGUGUGCGUGUGUGUUUAAAGACACCGAGCCUUGAAGAAAGUGUAAAUAACACAUCGGGUUCAUUAAUGGACCCGUGCAACGAAGCUGGAUUACAUGGUGGAGAAUUUUCCUGAUCCCUUGGAAGGUUCAGCAUCCUGUUGAUUAUUUUGGUUGUUUUCUCUCUUUUUUUUAACAUUGGGGGUGUUCAGAGUGGGUCCAGAUGUUGAUCCACACUUAUUCGGCUAUGGAGCGCGCAGACGGACUGAGCAGCUCCUCUCCGAGCGGGCGCCUUUCCCAGUUGUCCUCCCUCAACCAGGCCGCCUACUCCUCGGCUCCCCCCCUCUGCCACACUCCGGCCUCCGACUUCCAGCCGCCGUACUUCCCUCCCCCGUACCCGCAGUCGUCCCUGUCAUACUCCCAGAGCCAGGACUCGGCCUACUCCCACCUGUCGGACCCUUACCCCUCCAUUAACUCCAUCCAUCAGCAUCAGCAAGCCGCAUGGCACUCCCAGAGGUCGCGCUCCGACGAAGGGGGGCUUUUGUCGCAAACGCACCGGGCUCUCGGGCUCGACCCCCGGAGGGAGUACGCGGCUGUCCCCCGCCUCCUCCACGGUCUCGGCGAAGGGGCCGCCGCUCUCGGGGACGGACCCCUCGGGAUGCACAUAGGACAUCACGGCCUGGAUGAGCUUCAGGGAAUGGAGGAAGGAUCAGCCUUGGGCAUCUUGGACCACUCUGUCAUUAAAAAAGUUCCUGUCCCAUCCAAGCUGAACGGUUCAUCCUUGUCCGCCUUGUCCCUCGGUAAGGACGGCCUUGGCAUGGGCGCCGUGUCCAACCCGGCCGAGGUUUUCUGCUCGGUGCCAGGCCGCCUGUCGCUGCUCAGCUCCACCUCCAAGUAUAAGGUCACCGUUGGGGAGGUGCAGCGGCGGCUCUCCCCGCCCGAGUGCCUCAACGCUUCUCUGUUGGGCGGAGUCCUCCGCAGGGCGAAGUCCAAGAAUGGUGGCCGCUGUCUGCGAGAGCGUCUGGAGAAGAUUGGCCUCAACCUGCCCGCCGGGCGACGCAAGGCAGCCAACGUCACUCUGCUAACAUCUCUGGUGGAGGGUGAGGCCGUCCAUCUGGCGAGGGAUUUCGGAUACGUGUGCGAGACCGAGUUCCCCGCUAGAGCCGCCGCCGAGUAUCUGUGCAGGCAGAGCGAGCCCGACCAGCUUCCCACGCGACGCAGCAUGCUCCUCGCCACCAAGGAAAUCUGCAAGGAGUUUGUAGACCUCAUGUCCCAGGAUCGCUCUCCGCUCGGGGGCAGCAGACCGAACCCCUGCCUGGAGCCAAGCCUCCAGGGGAGCCUCACCCACUUCAGCCUGCUCACCCACGGCUUCGGUACCCCCGCCAUCUGCGCUGCGCUCUCCGCUUUCCAGAGUUACCUGAUGGAAGCCAUCAAAAUGCUGGACAAAGGAGACGGCGUAGGGAAAGGCCACCACGACAAGGAGAUGAAGCAUCGUAAAUAGACAGUGAAGAGGCAAAAAAAGAUGCCAAAACUCCUCGGUGUUGCAACCUUUGGGACAAAUAGAGAGACCAGCCUGGACUCUCAGGCAUAAGGAGGUCUACUGUAAUGUACUAUAAUGUUUGUCCAUAAACUUCAUUUCAAAUGGACCUCUUCUAGUUGCAUCCACACCAGGAUGCGCUCCUACAUAUGGCAGUAUUGUUUAAUUUCACACCAAUCUUGUUUUUUUUUUGUUUUUGUUUUUUUUAAUGACUUGUUCGUGGAAGCGGAUAUUUCCAACAUUUUGGACUCAUGCCGGACGUGUCGUACAAAAGCCAUAUCUGAGGCAACAACCUGCUCUUUUGCUGACAGACUUCAUUUUCUCGGCUUCGGUUUGUAGUUCUUAGCAAGGUGCUCAUGGAAAAUGGCAGUUGCAUGUUUGGUCUUCAGUGGACAGAGAGGGUUGAAAAUGCAGCUCGAGGCGAGGGGAGGCUUCUGCGUGUUGUGUACAUAAGUGAAGCAAAGAGCAAAAUCAUUUUGUACUUUGUGUGUAUGUUUAUUAUUAUUAUUAUUACUGUUAUCAUUGUAUUACAACAUAAAUGUAAUAUAUUAUUAAAAAAAAAAGAAUGGAUCUGUUUGAUGGGUGUUUUUAAUGUUUUGAUCAGGUAUAUCAAAACAAUAAAAAAAUUCCCAUGCCCCUUUAACUGCACUCAACGAAACACUUUACAUAUGUAAAGGUCAACAAUCAUACACUGACCGCCAAUGCUUUGACCACAAAAGAAAUCAAUAUGUUCACAUUUUCAAACAUGACAUCACUCCUAGAUAAUUACAAUGUCCCACCACCGGUGAGCUAUUUUUAGAACAGGCCCACGGCUUACUCAUGUCCAUGGGUGCUACCUGGUGAAUGCGCAGACCACGUUGGUGACCCAUGCUCAAGGGCAAAGCUGGCCGGUAGGUUCAAUGAAUCAUUUAUAGAUAGAUUU